UUCUUUUUUUUUUUUACCUUUUUUCCAAAAUUCUAUAGAUAAAAAGCAAAUGGCUACGUGCUUCUCCUCUCUUUUCCUUUUUUUUGUUCUCUUUCGAUUUUCCUAAUAAUCUCUUAAUUAUAAUAGAAGAAUCUGAGAUUCGUAAUUAAACGUAUCUUCAGAUUCGUGGGUUCGUAAUGUGGUCAAUGGGUCUGCUCAGGCGUACGGCAAUGUCCAGCGCCAUCAGAGCUUCUUCACAAAGGACAUGGCUUGUCCAUGGUGGAUCAAGAAGCUGCGUCACCGUCAAUACACCGCCGUCAGAUGAGGAAGAGAAGAAGAAGAAAGAGGUAACUAUAGCGGAAGCGAAGAAGCUGAUGAGGCUUGUGAAUGUUGAAGACAUGAAGAAGAAGCUUGUUGGUAUGGCUGAUAGAGAUGUCGUCUCUUACACUUCACUUUUAGAAGCUUCUCAAGGAAUGGGUAUCGCUAGAUCUCCUGAUGAAGCUCACAUCUUUGCUCGUGUUCUCGACGAUGCUGGCGUUGUCUUGAUUUUUCGUGAUAAAGUCUUUCUUCACCCAGAUAAGGUGGUGGAUCUGAUUAGACGGGCGAUGCCUUUGGAUCAGAAUCCAGAGGAAGAUCAGAUAAAAGACGAAUUCAAUAAGCUGAGAACCAUGAAAGAAGAGAUUGAUGUUCUUGCUCAUAGACAAGUGAGGAAGAUUCUUUGGUGUGGUUUGGCUACUUCCAUGGUUCAAAUUGGGCUCUUUUUUAGAUUAACUUUCUGGGAAUUCUCAUGGGAUGUGAUGGAACCAAUCACUUUCUUCGCUACAGCGACAGGCAUCAUCGUGGGUUAUGCUUAUUUCUUGAUGACUUCGAGGGAUCCCACAUAUCAGGAUUUCAUGAAGAGACUGUUCUUGUCGAGGCAGAGGAAGUUGUUGAAGAGUCACAAGUUUGACUGUGAGAGGUUUAAGGAAUUGGAGAGGAUGUGUAAAACGACGUCGUCUUGUCACGCAGCUGCGUCUAUAAGGAAUCGUGUUGGGUUAGAACUUGAUCUCGAGGAUGCUUUGCAGAGUCGCAGAGACUGAUUCAUUCAAAAAGAAGAUAAUCAUUCCGAUUUUUCUUCUCUCUGUUGUGCAUGGUUCUGUGAAACUGAACAAUAUGAUUAGUCUUUUGCUUUCGACCAUCCUUUUGUGCUUCUUAAAGAUACAUAAAGUACCUAUUGACAUUUUUGUUGUUACUGUAAAGAUUGACUGAACAGAUUUAACUGUUCUCUUUACAUUGACCGUUAACAGGUCAUUUUUGUUUCUAUAUAAGGACCCUUUUCUUUACU